UAAAAAAAUAGCUGGAUCCAGAACCGUCGAGAGGUCGCCGAAAUGCGCUUAUUCACCGGCAAACCGCCUUCAAUUUUCAUCCUCGCCGUUUUCCUCACCGCCCUUCUCCUCCCCGCCGCCCGAUCCGACCCUAAUCUGCUGAAGCUGCCGUCUGAUCAGCCAGAAAACGACCUCUGCCCGUUGAAUUCGGAACCGUAUAUGUGCCCCGUAAAAUGCUUCCGGCCCGACCCGGUUUGCGGGGUGGACGGCGUGACCUAUUGGUGCGGCUGCGCAGAGGCCCAUUGUGCGGGAGCGCGUGUGAAGAAAUUCGGUUAUUGUGAGGUCGGCAAUGGCGGGUCGGGCCCCGCGGGGCAGGCUCUUUUAUUGGUUCACAUCAUAUGGCUAAUAUUGCUCGGGGUAUUCGUAUUGUUUGGGCUGCUUUGAUUCCUUGUAACUUUUCUUACAUUUCAAUUGAGGUUUGGUCACUUUUAGAUCUGUUUUGGGCAAAUGAAGCAUUAAUGGAGAAAAUGGUUGAGUUGGCGUUUCAUGUUUGAUCAUCAUAAUAAUUGUAUGAAUUGAAGAAACGAAAAACAUGACCAGCAAAAUUCAACUCGUUUCUACGACUAAAGACAGCUCCAACACCAGCUCGAUAAACAAAUAAAUCUCCCAAAUCAAGUUGUAAAAUCAGUUUGUACACCCCACCUGUUAGCCCUUUGAUGGAGUGGCAGAGCAUACCAGCUAUGGAGGGAGAGCUGCUCUGGAGAGCAGAGAAGACCAGCUCUGGAGGGCAGAGCAGACUAGUGAUGGGGCGAAAAACUGCCCAGCAGUUAGUCUCAGCCGUGUGGGCGGUUUUGCCUAGUGAUGGGGGAUGUCCAUCACAUAUAUAAUUGUAAUAGGCCGUGAGCUGUACGGCAAGAGAGUUGUGCACGAGCCUUGAGCAUAGAGAUAGUGAUGCAGCCAGAACAGAGCUAAGCUCGCACCAGAGCAGAGCUGAAUCCCGCGCUAGACCAUAGCUAAGCUCGUGCCCGAGCAGAGAUGAAUCCCGCGCCAGACCAGAGCCAAGCUCGCGAGUGUUGAAGUCGUUGUGCCAGAGCAGAGGAUGUCUUCAGAGCAGAGCAAACGUUCCAGAGCUGGAGUUACUAAGAUCUGUAUAUUGCUAGACUUUGAUGGAUUGAUUAAUUUUGAACUUGAUUGAAAUAUUACAGCAUACACCAGAUAAGGUUUCUCACUUCUCUAUUCUGGAGUUACUAAGAUCAGUUCUUUCAGCAUACACCAUGAUUAAUUCUUUUUGGUGGUACAAAAAUAUUACAGCAUACACCAGAUAAGUCAUUUCACUUGAAAGCCCCUGAUGGGGGUUGUGUGGCUGUUGUGCUGCGAACUGGAUUUGAAACUAGUCAAGGAAAGUUAAUGCGUACUAUAUUGUUUUCAACUGAGAGGGUUACUGCAAACAGCUGGGAAAGUGGGCUAUUUAUUUUGUUCUUGGUAGUAUUUUCUCUUAUAGCUGCCGGUUAUGUCCUUAAAAAGGGUCUUGAGGAUCCAACAAGGAGUAAAUACAAGCUUCUUCUGAGUUGUUCAUUGAUUAUUACUUCUGUGAUUCCCCCCGAACUUCCGAUGGAGCUGUCAAUAGCUGUUAAUACAUCACUGAUUGCUCUAGCCCGGCGUGGAAUUUACUGUACAGAACCAUUUAGAAUUCCAUUUGCUGGAAAGGUUGAUAUAUGUUGUUUUGAUAAGACUGGGACGCUAACUUCAGAUGACAUGGAAUUUUCUGGAGUUGGUGGUCUGACAGAUAGUGAAGACUUAGAAACAGAAAUGUCUAAAGUGCCUGAUCGAACUUUGGAAAUACUUGCAUCCUGUCAUGCUUUGGUCUUUGUGGAUAAUAAACUGGUUGGUGAUCCUCUUGAGAAAGCUUCACUGAAAGGAAUUGAUUGGACCUACAAAUCAGAUGAAAAGGCCAUGCCAAAAAAGGGAGGUGCCAAUUUUGUCCAGAUUGUUCAGAGGCAUCACUUUGCUUCUCACUUAAAAAGAAUGGCAGUAGUUGUUCGUGUCCAGGAGCAAUUUUUUGCUUUUGUUAAGGGUGCUCCAGAAACCAUUCAGGAAAGGCUUGUUGACGUGCCCGGAUGGUAUGUUGAGACUUACAAGAAACACACACGUCAAGGGUCCCGUGUUUUGGCUUUGGCUUACAAGUCUCUUCCAGAUAUGACAGUUAGUGAAGCGCGAAUCUUAGAGCGAGACACUGUAGAAAGUGGUCUUACUUUUGCUGGAUUUGCGGUUUUCAAUUGCCCUAUCCGUGGAGACUCAGCCUCUGUGUUGUCGGAAUUAAAAAAAUCCUCGCACGAUCUGGUGAGCACUUUCUGGUACCGUUCGGAAUUGUUAUAUGGCAAUAUGAUUUAUUACAGCUGGCAUUUCAUUUGGCAUGAUGAUGGUAUAAAAUCUGUUUGGUCAGUUAGAGCUUUGAGAUGUAUCUUGUGAUGAUGGACAUAUAUUAAUUCAUGGCCAGCUUCAUUAAAUUAGCAAGGGAAAUUAUAUUUGCUGA